UGCAACCCGGCGAUGUUUGCAGUCGGACGGAAGGAGAAGCCUCACCGAGUAUUACUCGCGGGAAAAAUGGCGGAAAUGUGUGGUCCCUUUAUGCUAUCAAUACCAGCGAUUCAAAACAUUGCCUAAUACGCCUCAUCUUGAGUUUGCCUGUAUGCGUGUGUCAUAGCUGUGCCAUUCUUUGUAAAGAUCUGGGGGGACAGGAAUGCAAGAUGCAAAACGAUUCAACGCAGUUUUCCACCUCUUGCCGCAUCAAGCAAGUCAGCAAACAAGCCGUCCCUCAGGGGUCCUUGGUCAAGUCGUUCCAGUGUAGUCACUGUAUCCUGAUCUUCAAAUCCAAGGUGUACCUUUUUGAACACCUCAACAAGGUGCAUGGCUUUGAUGUAGAUACUGCUCUCACAGAAGCUGGUUUAAAAUACAUCAAGACUGACAAAGCCAACACUGACAACAGUACCAGCAGUUCAGGAAGUAAUUUUAAAUGCCAGCAUUGUGAUUUUAAAGCUUUUAGUCAGGAUAUUUUAAAUGAACACGAGGAACAGUGCGAGAAAAAAACUGAAAAUCGCAAUUUGUUAGGAACUGCAGUCCUUUCUGAAAAUCCAGACACCGCAAUAACUGAGAUUUUACCAAACCAGCACGAUGAAACUACAGAAGCAAAAGAGAUUUCCUCAGUUACGUCUACCUCAAAAACUAAGUCUUCACUUAACCCAGUGAAGGAUCUGAAAACAUACAAGAGGCCAUUACAAACCAUCACCAAGUACUUCACAGCAUCGUCUGGAUCAGAUGAGAAACCCACUACAAAGUUGGCUGAUGGCGCCAAAGGAACCCUAAUUCUGCAGGACUCUCCCUCAAGCUCAAGCCCAAACAGUAGUGGUGUAUUUAAAGUCACUGCAAAGUCCAUGAUUGAUCUCUCCAACGCAGUGACUGACCAUUUUUUGAGAAAUGAACAGCUUUUGAUGACUGACCUGAGCCCAUCAAAACCUAAGGCACAGUUAAGCGAGACACCUCCUAACAACACUGGCAAAAGGCCCAAUAAGGAAAGUUCAGAAAGUCGUCCAGCUAAAAAAGCAAAAUCAGACAAAGAAGUGCAGAAACUCCCAAACAAAGAACAUACAAGUGACCAACUUUCAUUAAGCAGCACUAAGUUUUCAUUUGAUAUUAGUGAAGAUGAAGAAGAAAAGAUGGGUGAUUCAGUUCAUGGAGACACAGAUGUUUAUUGUUGUAAGCACUGUGACUUCAGUGGUGUGGGUAUCAAAAGUCUGUCUGCCCAUUAUCAGGACAACCACCCUUACGUCAGAUAUAAUGCUGUCUACAUUCAGGACAUUAAUGAUCAGAGUGCAACCUUUCGUUGCCUGGAGUGUCCAGUUAAGUUUUUAAGCACAGCUGAUCUAAAGGGGCACUACAUGGAAAAUCAUCCAAAUGCCCCAGAUGUAUUCAUGAUGAAAGCAAGUCAGCUCAAUAUGGUUUUCAAAUGUUUUGUGUGUCCAUUUACCACCAGCACAGUGAGGGACUUGAGAGAGCAUUACAAGGUGAAACACCCUGCACAUAGAGUGGAGAGUUCUUUGUUCUUCUGCCGAUAUUCUGUGACUGAAGGGCAGGAGGAGCCAUCUUCGUGUAAUAUAUGUGAAAAAACGGCCAGUUCAGAAAGAUCAGGAGAAAUGUCUCCUGAGAGAUCCCAUAUACCGUGUGCAGAAGACAAAAAUGCAACUUCACCCCAACAUGCCACCUCCAAUGGUGCAGACAUGGCCUUGUUCAAAUGCAAGAUCUGUAAGUUUAGUCAUAAGUCCGUUGUUGUCAUGCAUGUUCACUACCAAAAAAGCCACCCAGACGAAGAAAUUACACUCCAAAAAAUCAAACAGUCAACUUGUGCAAUGUCAGAGAUGACGCCUGAAAAGUCUCCAAAUUCUGGGACAGUAACAGAAGGCUCUGCACCUCUAAAGAACAUCUCAGGUGCUUCAGAAGACAAAGCUGAGGUGUCGCAGCAAAAGAAAAUUUUGUCAUUUUUGGAAAAACCUGAAUACAAAGCAGAAACAUCUGAGCAUAAUUCAGAGUCUUCCGACACUAAGAAAGUGGAAUCUGUGAAGGACAGAAGAAAAAGAAAGAAGUUUUCUACCAAAUAUGAUUGGGAAAUAAGUGCCGGAAUGGACAGCUUGUCAUCCAGUUCACCAGAUAAAAUAUUUUACUGCCAGUUUUGCAAUUACACAAGUCCCAGUGUCAGAAGUGUUGUUGGUCAUCAUAAUGCAAAACAUUCUAUGGAUGCACCAGUAUUUACUGAUGAUAUUGUAUUGUACAGUGCUGAGAAGCAGAAAAUGAAACUUGAAAUGAAACCUUCAAAAAGUCCUCCAUCCUCUCAUUCCAAAACCACCACAAGUGUUGAGGCAUGCAGUGAAACAAAAGUUCAAAAUAAUGAGGAGGAUGAAACGGAUGCUUCUGUGGCACAAUUAAAUCCUUAUGCAUGUGCAGAAAACCUGUUCUACUGCCAGAAGUGCAACUUUGGAAAUCCAACUCCAAAAGGAGUAAUUAACCAUCAAGCCAAGGCUCACCAACGUCUUCAUACCUGCCGUGAAUCAGUUGUUGAAUAUACGGCUUUAGUUCGUGAUGAAAUUGAAAAGUCAAAACACAAUGACAAGGAGUUGUCCUUUUGUACUGGCCUACCUCUUCCUCUCAUAAAUGAAGGUGACGAAUAUAUGUUCUUCUGCCACUACUGCAACUAUAGAAACAAUACUGUAAAAGAAGUGAUGCGCCAUUACUCCAAAACACAUCGUGGUUUUGAGAAAAAUUCCACACAAGUCCAACAGUAUACUUCUAUGGUUCUCCAACGAACACAGAAAUUGCACCUAAAAUUAGAGCAGGAAGUCAGUCAGGAAUCACCAGGGAAAUUGGAAAAUAGUCCGAAAAAAAUAAAGGAGUUUGCCAAAUCCUCCCCAGUGGGAGCCUUACAGAGACAGAGGACCCUUCGGUGCUACAGAUGCACAUACAGUACACCAUAUGUGUAUCUUUUGAAAAGGCAUAUAAGGAAGGCUCACCUGACAAUACACUCAGUCACAGAUGUUUUACAAGUAUGCUUUAAACAAGGAGCAUUGCAGUCGGGCUAUCACUGUGAAUUUUGCAUUUUCUCUGGCGAAGACGCAGCAGCAGUCUAUAAGCACUACCAGGAAAAACACCCAAGUUCUAAGACAAGCUUUGGGCACAUAAGUAAGUUGUUAUAUGUCGGUCCCGAUACAGAUCCUCCAAAAACGAAGAAGCCAAAACUAAAGCACACUGAUGGCAUACGUGAUGGUGAUGGUCAUGAUGGCAACUUGACAUCCCAAAGAAGGCAAAGGGAAACUGAGACAUAUUCAUGCAGCUCAUGCUCUUACAAAAGUAGCUCAAUGUUGAGUGUUGCACGCCAUUACCGUGCUGUUCAUCCUUUGCCUGCAAAAGAAGACCACUUGGAUAUCUUGAACAGCACGAAGACAAGUGAAAGCAGCCAGAAGGAAGACCAUGAUGAAAUCCCUGAGCUAUUUGACUCCUACCAAGUGCCUCUUGAAUUUGACAAGUCAUCUGAUGAAGCAACGUUCAAGUGCCCUUACUGCACUUUAACUUUUAAUACCCGUCAUGGUGUUAGCGUUCACUGUGGAAUGAAACACCACGAAGCUGAACCUAAAGAUUUAGAAGAAAAGCCAAAACCAGUGCAAAUCGAAACAUCUUUGCACAUCUUUAAGUGCCCCUAUUGUACCUACGUCAACACCGUUCACCAAGGAGUUCUCACUCACUGCCAGAUGAAGCAUCCUACCCUCCCGUCCAAGGCAGGCAGUCUUAAUGUGGACUUGUCAUAUGUACGAAACUGGGAUGAAGGCUCGAAAAAAAAUGGUCCUGGUGACAUUGUGCGAUUUAGUGGACACUUGUGUGAAACCUGCCCACAGCUCUGUGCAACGCUGAACAAACUCAGCAAGCACCGUGAGAUGGAACAUAACGACACUGCGGCAAGCAAUGUACAAAGUACACUCAAACCAUCAGCUGUAAGUAAAAUAACAAUAUCCAAGUCCUACAGCACCCAGAGAUCCGUGUCAAAGGUUUCCCUUUUAAGUAAGAAGAUAAAUGCCAUGGUUAGGUGCCAGCAGUGUUCUUAUACAUGCAGAACAAAAAUUGAGCUCAGUCAACACUUGCGUGUUCACCACAAGAACACUAUUCCAAAGGAUCGUGUAUACAAGUGUGUCCUGUGUUCCAAAAUCUAUUUCAUGACAAAACGUCUUGCGGGACAUUAUGCUAAGAAACACGGAAGAGAGGCUUACUUAAAAUACUACAUACCAAUGUACAAACAGGGUUUUGAGAAGCCAGCGCCAACAUCUCCUGACCCCACAUCAACUCAGCAACCAGAAAACACCUCUGAGCCACCAAAAUUGAGCAUAACAACAGAUGGAAACAAAAUAUUAUUCUUCAGUUGUCCAAGCUGCCCGUAUGUGAAUGCAAGCUACCAUGGAACUCUGACUCACUGCCAAAUGAAGCAUCCAGAUGUGGUAGCCAGAGCAGAUGAGCUUAAAACAACUGAAAUACUGUUAUCCAACACGGUCAGGUGCACAAUUGGAAGAAGUGCCAAUCAACGAGGGUAUAUGUGUCAAAAAUGCCCACAAAUUCAUGGAUCAAUGGCAAAACUGAGAAUCCACUAUAUAAAGACCCAUGACGAGCUGUUUGUUUUUGAGCAUUCAGCUGAAACAACUGAAAACCAACCUGAUUACGACUCUCAGGCUUCAGUAUUGAAGGCUAUGUCUUUAAAAGAAGAAACAUCAGAAGUCAAGAUCACGGAAACUGAAGACUGUCCCCAGCCUGAUACUUCUGAGACAUGUCAGUCAAACUCACCAUCACCACAGAGCCAGUUACUAUUGUACAAGUGCCACAUGUGCUCCUAUGCAGGAUCGUGUCGAAAAUACCUGCAUUGUCACCUACGAAAGACUCACAAACUGGAUGCACUUACCACAUACAGGCUACUAGAGAAGUAUAACAUACGUAAACGCAAGAUGCCCAGCGACUUGCCUGUGCCUGUUGAACCUGAGGAAAGUGCAAAUGUCAAAUGUAAGAUGUGUCCAGACUUAAUGUUUGACUCACCUCAGUUGCUUAUUGACCACUACAAUACUUUCCAUCGCUUUGAUUGCAAAUUGGACUUUACUGUGCUAUCAUUGGGAUCAAAAAAGAGUAAAACCACAGGGACUUACAAAUGUUCCCACUGCGCAACAGUAUUAUAUGGAAUUAGGAAGCUCUGCCCUCAUCUGGAUCGUCACGCUAUAGGGGGGAAAGACAAGACAAAGGCAGCAAGGAGAAAGACGUCGCUUGUCAUCACUCCAAAGCCGGAGAUCCAAACCGUCCAAUUCAGCAAGCCAGAUGAACUUCCCAAAUUGGAGACCUUGGAGGACCUCACCCAGUGGAACAUGACACCAGUACAGACCUUCACUUUGCCAACAAGCCCUCUGCCGUCACCUUCAAAACCCACAGAUGUAGAGCAAACGGAGCUGGAGUCAAGACAAGACAAACACGCUUGUGAGCAGUGUGGCCGGACAUUUAUGUCAAUGAAAGGUUUGCGUUCACAUGUGCGCAGCCACGCAGCCCUGGCAGCUAUCAAGAAACUGAGCAAACCGUCCACCUCAGCGUUGAAGAUCAACAUUAACAAAUUUGUCAUCCACAAAUCUGGAACUGUGAAGCCUUUCCUGUGUGGUUUGUGUUCCUAUCGGACAACCGUCCUAGGCCUGUGGAGGAGCCAUUUUAUGAAAAAACAUAAAGAUGUUAUUGAGGAUCCAGCUGAGACUCACUGCGAAGACGAAGAGAACGCUCAGAGGACCGACAGGGAGUCUUCUUAUUCAUCAGAAGCUUUCAUCAACUGGUCUGAAUAUGAUGAAGAAACUGAAAUGACUGAAGAAUCAAUGUACUUGGAGCCUCCAGAUGUGCAGCGACAGUUGAACCACUACAACUUGAUGGCACAGAGUAAUGCCAAAUCUAAAGUCAAUGUGCACGAAUCAAAGUUAGCCGAGAACAGUGUGUUCUACUGUGAGAUGUGCAAUUUCAACACUGAACAUCUGUCCAGUAUGCGACGCCACUACAUAAACCGGCAUGGAAAGAGGAUCUUUAAGUGUAAAGACUGCAACUUUUUCACUGGUUCAAGGAAAACUCUGGAGAUGCACAUAGAAACAGGUCACUCUACCGGCCAGUCAGAGCCUACUCAUCAGAAGGACCUGCGCUGCCCUUUCUGCCUCUAUCAGACCAGCAACAAGAACAACAUGAUCGAUCACAUUGUCUUGCAUCGUGAGGAACGUGUUGUGCCAAUAGAGGUGCGGCGCUCAAAGUUGUCACGUUACCUUCAAGGCAUUGUCUUCCGCUGUCAUAAAUGCACUUUCUCAAGUGGCAGUGCCGAAAACCUACAUUUGCACAUGACGAGGCAUGAUGACAUCAAACCCUACAAGUGUCGUCUGUGCUACUUCGACUGCGUUCGGCUGAGCGACUUGGAGGCACACCUGAGCGAUAAGCAUCAGGUUGUGAGGAAUCAUGAGCUUGUGGGUCAGGUGAGCCUUGAUCAACUAGAUGCAAGUGCUGGUGGGAUGCCAGGAAACGAAGAGGAACAUUCAUCUAACUUGGAGGAGCACAACAGUGACACUGACAAUGUCGAAACCAAGGACUUUGUUACAGACUUCAGUGAAACUGAAAAUCCAACAGGUAAUAACACCAGGGACAAAAUUAUGCUCAAGGAAGCAGGGCUGGAUGGAAAUGAAGAAAACCCUGGUGAUAGCCGUCAGCAUGAGAAUACAAAACUAAACACUACUGUCCUAGAGAAGACUGAACAGGAGCCACAAAAACAAGCAGUGACAGACACUGCAAGAGGAAAUGCAGAGAAAAAUGUUGGGGAAAGGAACAAUGGUCCCGAGGAAGAGGGGCAAACCAAUGAGAACCGAGCCCAACCCAGACUAAAAGACAGUGAAGCCAGCAGCAUUUCAGAACAAAAAGAAGAAGCAGCAGAGGGGAGCUCAACACCUGUUUUCCAAACACCUGAAAAAACACAGGCCCACAUGCUACAUACUAAGACAUUUCAGCAUAGAACACAGAACAUCGAAGCAAAGAUAGAAAAGGACAUAAUACGCCACAUCUUACAGUUGGAUAAUGAUGGCAGCAUCUGCAAAAUUCACAAGACGACAAAUCAUAAUGGAUCGGAUAAGACUGAGCAGAACAUUGAGGCUAAAGGUGUAGACAAUGAUCUUGGUGAUAUACCAUUACUAGAUGAAGAAGGCAACGGCACUCUGGUCCAGAACCCAAAACAUCAAGUAAACGCACAGACAGUUUCAGCCUCCGCGAAGAUGAAUCACACACAGGCUAAAAACACCACAGAUCGAGAGAGUUUCACAAUUGAAAGGCAUCUGUUAACUCUUUCGCCCAACUGCACAGAACUUCUGUUAAGCCAUAAGGAUAGUUUAGGAGUCACAUCUCCAAUCUGCAAACAGCAGGAAAUGAACAGUCUGAAAAACUGCGAGGAGGUAACAGAGCAUUAUGGAGAAAUGCCAGUUCUUGAGAAUGAGUAUCUUAAGCACGGAAGGCCUGCUCUUGGAUGUUACAAGGAGCACGAAGAGACUGAUCCUCUUAACCAGAAGGAGGACAAAGAAUCUGCGGUGAUCGCAGAAGACAACGGGAAACAGUGCAAAGAUUUGGACGAUCCACAUGUCCACAAAGGUGCAGUAACAGCCAUUGAUGGAUCUGCUGAAGUCCUGCGUUCCUCACUUACCGAGGACAAACCAUUUAAGUGCAAGUUAUGUGGCCGAAACCUCAUGAACAGCUCUGAACUGAAGCGUCACAUCAUGCGUCAUGGAAUAUAAAAUAUUUCUUUAUGUUACGGAUGGAUGAAGCAGCUUCCAGCUGUGUUUUGUUUCGAUUAACUCUUCAAUGUGUUACUUUGUGUUGCUGAAUGAUUACAAAUAUUUUUUCAUGUUUUGUCGAUUUUAAAUCCCUUUACUAAUGAAAUGUUUUUAUGGUACAGCUGUUAUACAUAGAUUUGAAUUAGCGAGAUUCGGUAAAUAAAACCUCUAAAACAAAAUGAUGACUGUUAUGUGCGUAUUGUAAUAAAGCUCUCAUUUAGAUUUGUUUGAAAACACUGACGAUGUCCAUGAGUGUUUAUCAUACGGACUUUUUUUUUAGUUUGUGAAGGGAGUUAAUCAAAAAUUGUUACUAUAAAACAUGCAGAAAUCUUUACACUGUGAACUGUUGUUACUUAAAAGACUUAACACCACUUGUGUUAAAUACCAACUACUGGACAAACCUCAGUACCACAGAUUGUGGAAAUAUGCUUGUGUUGCCUUCAAGUGCUGUUGGGCAUUUGAAUGUAAGUUCUUGUGUACUUUGCAGCCAAAGUACAACAAUGGUAUAUUGUUUGAUAUUCUGUGUCAAUAAUAAACUUUUGUUUACUUUGUAACCUUCUGUUUAUACUUCAUUUUGUUUUAAUAAACACAGCGAGAUUGCAGCACCUGG